AUGUCCCCCGCGGUGGCGGGCGCGGAGGGCGGGCGGCAGCGGCGCGCCGGCAGCAGCCACCAGCACCACGGGAACUGCGUGGAGGUGCGCGGCGAGGCGGCGCUGCCCUGCCGCGAGGCCGAGGUCGAGGCGCUGCUGCCGGCGGCGGCGGGCGGGCCGCGCGGCUGCCGCGCCGAGCUGGGCAGCAUCCUGCUGCUGCUGGCGCUCUACGUGCUGCAGGGCAUCCCGCUGGGGCUGGCGGGCAGCGUGCCGCUCAUCCUGCAGAGCAAGAACGCCAGCUACACGGAGCAGGCCGCCUUCAGCCUCGUCUUCUGGCCCUUCAGCCUCAAGCUGCUGUGGGCGCCCUUGGUGGACGCCGUGUAUGCGCGCCGCUUCGGCCGCCGCAAGUCGUGGCUCGUGCCCACGCAGUACGUGCUGGGGCUCUUCAUGCUCGGCCUCUCCACGCGCGUGGACGCGCUGCUGGGCGACGGGCAGGGCCGCGGCCCCGACGUGGCGGCCCUCACGGCCGCCUUCUUCCUCUUCGAGUUCCUGGCGGCCACGCAGGACAUCGCCGUGGACGGCUGGGCGCUCACCAUGCUGUCCCGCGAGAACGUGGGCUACGCCUCCACGUGCAACUCCGUGGGGCAGACGGCCGGCUACUUCCUGGGCAACGUGCUCUUCCUCGCCCUCGAGUCGCCCGCCUUCUGCAACAAGUACCUGCGCCUGCGGCCGCAGCCGCGCGGCAUCGUCACCCUCGCAGAUUUCCUGUUCUUCUGGGGAGCUGUGUUUCUAGUGACCACCACACUGGUUGCCCUUUUGAAAAAGGAAAACAAAGAAUUAACUCCAACAAAAGAGGAGACAAAAGGGAUCACUGAUACUUACAGACUGCUCUUCUCAAUAAUCAAGAUGCCAGCAGUUCUCACCUUCUGUCUCUUGAUUCUCACAGCAAAGGUUGGAUUUUCAGCAGCAGAUGCCGUAACAGGACUCAAAUUAGUGGAAGAGGGAGUACCUAAAGAGCACUUAGCUCUGCUGGCAGUUCCAAUGGUUCCUUUACAGAUCAUAUUGCCUCUGAUUAUCAGCAAAUACACAGCAGGCCCCCAGCCACUGAACACAUUUUACAAAGCUAUGCCUUUUAGGUUGCUGCUUGGACUGGAAUUUGCCUUUUUGGUUUGGUGGACUCCUAAAGUAAAACACGAAGGAGGAUUUCCUAUAUACUACUAUAUUGUAGUAUUGUUGAGUUAUGCUUUACAUCAGAUCACCCUGUACAGCAUGUACGUGGCCAUAAUGGCCUUCAACGCCAAGGUGAGCGACCCGCUCAUCGGAGGGACCUACAUGACGCUGCUCAACACCGUGUCCAACCUGGGCGGCAACUGGCCCUCCACGGUGGCGCUCUGGCUGGUGGACCCGCUCACGGUGAAGGAGUGCGCGGGCGCCCCGGCGCAGACCUGCGCCUCCGCCGCCGCCGCCGACCUCUGCACUAAAGCCGGCGGCUCCUGCGUCACCACCCUGGACGGUUACUACGUGGAGUCUGUCAUCUGCGUCAUCCUGGGCUUCGGCUGGUGGUUCCUGCUUGGGCCCAAAUUCAAGAAGCUGCAGGACGAAGGACAGUCUUCGUGGAAGUGCAGGAGGACCAACUGAUGCUCCUGAGAGAUGCCCCUUAAAUACUGGAUGGACCAGCAACGUCACUUUAGUUUUACUACAAAGACAUAUCUCAUAAUCAAUAAACAGGAACAAAGGUAUUUUAAAUGCCAAAUCGCUCAGAAAUGGUACGUGUACCGCUCGCCUUCCCAGUGUGGAAACGGGAAUGCCGAAGGUGACCGCGGCAAAGCGGCGCCUGCGAGGCCUGCGCCAGCCUCCGAGCACGGCUGCUGCCAGCACCCGAUUUCCAUAUAGCAGCUAUGGAGGGCUCACUGUGCCACGAGUAUCGCAGCAGCAGCAGCGUUGCCGGCUAAGAUCCAGCUCUUAAUUGUCCAAGAGAAGUGGCCUGGCACAGCAAGCUGGCGUGGGGAAGGAUGUCCGAGGCGUUUUGACUCGUGGGUUAAGCGUGUUAUGAUACAGGAUUCAUCGUGGGAAGAUAAAAUAGCUGUGGCUUUUUUUUUUUUUUUAAUUCCCCUUCUCACUUAUGGACUGUAAACACACUUCAGAGGAUGAAAUAAUGUUUCAGGAUUCUUUUAAAUGUAUUUUC